GCUGUCUUGCUGUCUUGCUUUCUAGCUUUCUAGCUUUCUUGGUUAAGAUUAGUUGGGGGUUGCGUUUCUGAUCAGAUAGAUUUGUUUUUAUGGACCUCUCGUAAAGUUAGUUUGGGAUCUUGUGCCUUCGUCAAAAUCACUAUGGAAAGUUAUUGUUGCUGUGCAAGUCCCACCUUCCUUCGGAACUCGAUUGAAACCGGCAUUACGGUAACUGAGAAAGAUACUAGUACCUCCGAACUCCAAAGACGAAGAUCUUUGCCAGCAAAUCUUGUGACUGAUUACGACCAGCCAAAUCCAGAACUUGGUCAGCAUAAUAAUACAUGCAGCUGUGACAGCUGCCAGCUACCGAAAGCGGGAGAAGUAGUUUUUCACUAAGGUUAGAGCCUUCAAACUUGGAACUUCCAAACUUGCUUCCAGGUUUCCUUCAGCGCAUCCCAUUGCUCUUGGAUCGUACCACCCUCACAAUACUCCAAGCAAACCAACCGCAACAUAACUUUCAACAUCAACAACCAUGUCCACCGUGUCUUUUUUCCGGGGAGAUUCCAUCAAGGUGAUUGGCGGUGACUUGAUGGGCUUGAAUGGUGAGGUUCUCUCUCAAGACGACAAACACAGUGUCACCAUCAGGGUCCAAAUCGAGGGCGAGCAACAUCAAGUGACGGUCUUGUCAAGUCAAGUGCAAAAACACAUUCCUGUUUAUGCUCAUGUGAAGGUCUUCGAGGGACGCUAUACCGAUGAGACUGGAACCGUCGUGGCCAUCCCAGAAGACGACAUGGCGGUGGUCGUCACAGACCAGCACCACAAGGAGAUCACCGUUAGAAUCUCGCAGCUUUGUCAAUCGACGGAUACUUCGUCCGGGGAGCAAGACUCGCUCCAGGGAUACCACCUUUAUGAUCUCGUGGCCACGAACCAGGAAGUGGGUAUUGUCGUUCGAGUGGGCGCAAACGAUCUAUCCUUCAUGAAUCAACACGGCACCGCGCGCAAAGUCCGACCUCAAGAAUUGCGGGGAAAGCGCAAUCUACGCUCCCAACGAACCACAUACUUUGACCGCCGUGGGGCGACCAUGCGUCAAGGCAGCAUGGUGGCGGUAGCGGCAGGUCCUCAACGCAAAGGACAAUCAGGAACUAUUCGACGUCUCUACAAGUCCCAUGUCUUUCUCUUCUCACCAACACAGGUGGAGAACUCGGGUAUUUUUGUGGUUCCCAGCAGGAGCUGUGCCCUCGUUGGAUCAUCCAACACUUCCAUCCAAUCAGCCAAGGGAUGGCCACGAUACCGUCAAAAGUGGGGUCAGCCGCAAGGACUGGUAGGGAAAACGGUCCGCAUCCGCAGCGGGCAAUGGAAAGGAUACCAAGGCACCGUAUCCCAGACCACCGCCAACCACGUCCUUGUUCAGCUGGAUUCAAGACCCAAAAAGGUGCGCUUGCUCCGAGAAAAGGUGCAUGUGGUGAUGGUGGCGGCGCCGUCUGGGUCCGUCAACACGCGCUCCCACCCAGACGAUUUGAUUUCGGGGAUGGUGGUGGGAGAUGUUCCUCCUGGGUUUCUGCACGAGCGGACAGUCAGCUCCUACCGGUACCGGUAGAUGUGAAACAAACCAACACAAGCCGCGAGGCCAGGGCCUGCACCCCCAGUGAUGCAAACAGAGACAACCACAUGCCGUGUCGCUGAAGACAAGUAGGAAACCUUUCUAAGCUUUACAUAAUUUAUUUAGAAAGAACGAAUUCUGCGCACAUCCCACAUCCCACAUACAUACACGUGCGUUUUGAUCCCCACACCAACCGGUCG